CUGGUAAUGUCGUCCGCUGGCCCAACCAGUACUUGCAUACAUGUGUAGGGUUAUCUACCCGCUAACACAACAUACGUAAGUUUUAGGAGUGACGUGACGACCCUUGGACGAGUGUGAACGGUUUAACCUAUACGAGCAUCGCACAUCCUUUGAGCAGUUGCGAAAAAAGAUAGAAACAUGAAGAAAAAGGUGCUGCUCAUGGGCAAGAAUGGCUCUGGGAAAACAAGCAUGCGGUCCAUAAUUUUUGCAAACUACAUUGCACGAGAUACUCGUCGCCUUGGUGCAACAAUUGAUGUGGAGCAUUCCCAUGUGAGGUUCUUGGGGAACCUGGUGCUGAACCUAUGGGACUGUGGCGGGCAGGAGGCAUUCAUGGAAAACUACUUUGCCAGUCAGCGUGACAACAUCUUUCGCAAUGUGGAAGUGCUUAUCUAUGUAUUUGAUGUAGAAUCUCGAGAGCUUGAUCGAGAUAUGCACUAUUACCAGACAUGCCUUGAGGCCAUCCUUCAGAAUUCACCUGAGGCCAAGAUCUUCUGUCUCAUUCAUAAGAUGGAUCUUGUUCAGGAAGACCAGAGGGACAUUAUCUUCAAAGAGAGGGAGGAAGACCUGAAGCGAUUGUCUAAACCCUUGGAGUGCACCUGUUUCAGGACAUCUAUAUGGGAUGAAACUUUAUAUAAAGCCUGGUCAUCUAUUGUAUACCUCUUGAUACCAAACGUUCAUCAGUUGGAGAAGAAGCUUCGUGAGUUUGCAAAUAUCUUGGAUGCAGACGAGGUCCUCCUUUUUGAGCGGGCCACAUUUCUUGUGAUCUCUCACUGUGAGCGUCGGGCUCACAGAGACAUUCACCGCUUUGAGAAGGUGUCAAAUAUUGUAAAGCAAUUCAAGCUCAGUUGCAGCAAGUUGGCUGCUCAAUUCCAGAGUAUGGAAGUGCGAAAUUCAGGAUUUGCAGCCUUUAUUGAUGUCUUCACCUCCAACACAUUUGUGAUGGUUAUCCUCUCUGACCCUACCAUUCCAUCUGCUGCUACUCUGCUUAACAUCAGAAAUGCUCGGAAGCAUUUUGAGCUGCUGGAGAAAAGUUGACACACCAGGUGCAACACUUGGUAGAAAACAAAGCUUGGAAAUACUGUCUCCAUGGCCAUGCUUCAUAUCCUGCAUCAAGAUCUGCUACACUGUGGGCAAUCCUUUUUUUUUUUUCAUUUUAUCUUGUCAAGUCCAUGUAUUUAUAACGGCUUUGUUACUGUGUGUUAAAGAGAACUUUUUCUUAUUGGAGGAAUUAAUUUGUACUUUUCUUGGUAAUUUCAGCCAUGCUGAGACAAAGGAGUGAUGAAUGGAUCCACUCUCAUUAUUAUGAACUUGAUAGAUGCAUACAAAGAUUGUAAUUUGAUUUCAUUUUCUUGAAUGGGUUUAUUUGAAAUGUUGGCUUGUGUUGGCUUUCUACUUCAUCACAAAGACUUGUUUCAUACCCCAGAUUUCUGUAAGUGUUUUGGGAAAUCAAAUUUUCCUUGCAAAUGUCUAGUUUUCUUGAAUAUAUACUUCAAUGUUUCCUUUUACAUACAUUUGCUUAUCCUGUUGAUACUCUGUUCAUUAUUUAAAAUCUAGUCAGAAUGAGAAGACUGCACAUAAUAGUAUUUCAAACAUCAGCCCAAAGUACUUAGGCACAGGUUUUUAUUUGUCCAAUUAAUCUUGGCUUCCAAUAAAACCACUGCACUUCCUUGCUGGUGAAUCUUGAAAAAAAGUUAUUUGUAAUGACUUUGUCAUGUGUUUCCCCCAUCAGGGCAAGAAAUCUGCCAAAUGGGAUGGGGGAUAUGAUUAUCUAAUCCUGCCCCCUUCAGAGGAGCUUCCACAAUUUUUCUUGAGAAAUAAAUUAUUUGGCAC